CUAUAUAUACUACACUCCCAUGCAUUAUUCACCACUCUUUUACAAAAUGUCUUCGUCUUCAGAAAUUGUUGUCGCCGAGCCGUUUGAUCAAAGUGGCGCCAGUAGCAGCAGCUACAGUAGAGAGUAUAUUAGUAACGAUACGAGGCCUUUUACGAGAUCGAUUACUUAUGGCCGUCACUACGCUGCGGAGCCUUUUGAUAGUGAGAAGUUACCUGUCACUUUGGUUUCCGAAAUUCAGAGGUUUCUUCGUGUUGCUAAUUUAAUCGAAUUCGAAAAUCCCCGCGUUGCAUAUAUUUGUCGGUUUCAUGCUUUUGAAGUUGCACAUAACUUGGAUAGGAAUUCUAGUGGGAGGGGAGUAAGGCAAUUUAAAACUUCACUACUUCAGCGGCUUGAACAGGAUGAAGAAGUUACUAUCAGAACAAGGAAGGAAAAAAGUGAUAUACGUGAACUUAAACGUGUUUUUAAGUAUUACAAAGACUACAUUAUCGAGCAUGGCGGAGAUUGCAGUUUGGAACAUAGACAGAGGCUGAUUAAGUAUCGUGCAAUCGCUUCUGUUCUCCGGGAAGUAUUGGAUACAGUGACUAAUGCAGCUGAUUCACAGGCUGUAGCUGAUGGUGAUAGUAUUAGAGCAAAGUCUGAUUUUUACGUGCCAUAUAACAUUCUUCCCCUUGAUCAAGGAGGUGUUCAUCAAGCAAUAAUGCAACUCCCUGAGAUUAAAUUUUCAGUAGCUGUUAUUCGCAAUGUUCGGGGUUUACCUUUCAUUGAAGAUCUGAAGAGACGUGUAGCCCACAUUGAUUUGUUUGAUUGGCUCCAAUUUUGCUUUGGAUUUCAGAAAGGAAACAUUUCCAAUCAGAGGGAGCAUCUGAUAUUACUCCUUGCCAACACCCAUAUUCGACAAAGUAAUAAGCAAGCGCAUACGCCGAAGUUGGGGGAUGGAGCUCUUGAUGACCUGAUGAAGAAGUUCUUUAAAAAUUAUACAGAGUGGUGCAAAUAUCUGGAAAGAAAAAGCAACAUCAGGUUGCCCUAUUUAAAGCAAGAAGCCCAGCAAUAUAAGCUUUUAUAUAUAGGACUUUAUCUUCUUAUUUGGGGAGAAGCUGCAAACUUGAGGUUUAUGCCAGAGUGUCUAUGUUAUAUAUUUCACCAUAUGGCAUAUGAACUGCAUAGUAUGUUGAUUGAUGCGGUUAACAUGACGGGCGAGAAACUCAUGCCUGCUUAUGGGGGAGAAUCUGAGUCGUUUCUUAACAAAAUAGUUUCCCCCAUAUACAAGGUUAUUCAAGAGGAAGCGAUGAAAAGCAAAAAUGGCACAACUGAUCAUUCCAAAUGGAGAAAUUAUGAUGAUUUAAAUGAGUAUUUCUGGUCUCCUGAAUGUUUCCAAAUAGGUUGGCCCAUGAGGGAGGACCAUGAUUUCUUCUGUGUCAAUAACACAGGGGAGCCCAUACUCAGAAAAGAUAAGGGGUCAACUGAAACUACUGAAGAAGAUAACUGUGAAGAAAAUGAAGAUGGAGGAAUGGGGGCUGUUACAGAUGAAGGGAGAAAACAAAAAUGGUUGGGGAAGACAAAUUUUGUUGAGGUUCGCUCAUUUUGGCAGAUUUUCCGAAGCUUUGACAGAAUGUGGAGCUUUCUUAUUUUGUCUCUCCAGGCAAUGAUAAUGAUGGCCUCUAAUGAUAUGGAAUCUCCAUUACAAGUGUUUGACACUAAAAUACUUGAAGACAUCAUGAGCAUUUUUAUUACCUCUGCAGCCCUUAAACUAAUACAAGCUGUUUUGGAUAUUGCCUUUACAUGGAAUGCUAGAGGCACAAUGAAUUCCUCUCAAAUGAAGAAAAAGGUGCUGAAGAUGGUAGUUGCAGGGAUAUGGAUUAUCAUUCUUCCUAUUCUAUAUUCUAGUUCCAGCAAAAGAUAUAAAUGUUAUUCUUCAGAGUACGGGAGUUGGCUUGGAGAAUGGUGCUAUUCCCCCUAUAUGGUUGCAGUGGCAAUUUAUUUGCUAACAAAUGCACUUGACAUGAUACUUUUUCUUGUACCUGCAAUCGGCAGAUACAUUGAAACUUCAAAUUUCCGAAUCUGUACAGUCUUGUCUUGGUGGACUCAGCCCAGGUUAUAUGUUGGACGAGGAAUGCAAGAAAGUCAGCUAUCCAUAUUGAAGUACACGUUAUUCUGGGUGCUAUUGUUGCUAAGCAAAUUUUCAUUUAGCUACAAUUUUGAAAUAAAGCCGCUCAUAGCACCAACAAGACAAAUCAUGAAAAUUGGGGUGAAGGAUUACGAGUGGCAUGAGCUUUUUCCGAGAGUCAAGAGUAAUGCUGGUGCAAUCAUCGCAAUUUGGACUCCGAUAAUCAUGGUAUAUUUCAUGGACAUACAGAUAUGGUAUUCUGUGUUCUGCGCAAUAUUUGGUGGCUUUUAUGGGGUUCUGCAUCAUAUUGGAGAGAUACGAACCUUAGGCAUGCUGAGAAGUAAAUUUCAAGCUUUGCCUGCUGCAUUCAAUCACUGCUUCAUCCCACCAGUGAAAAGUAAAAGUAGCAGGAUGGGAUUAUUCAACGGGAGAUUUAAGAAGGCAUCUCAUACGGAGAAGAACGGUCUUGUAAAGUUUGUUCUAGUUUGGAACCAAAUUAUCAGUAGAAUCCGAGAAGAAGACUUGAUGAGCAACAAGGAGGUUGAUUUGAUGAAAAUACCAUUCUCACCAGAGUUGCUGUCCGGAAAGAUUCGUUGGCCUGUUUUUCUUCUAGCAAAUAAGGUUUCAGUAGCAUUAAGCAUUGCAAAAGAUUUUGUGGGAAAGGAUGCUAAUCUUCUUAGGAAAAUUAGGAAAGAUGACUACAUGUACAUGUCUGUCAUGGAAUGCUAUGAAUCACUCAAAAACAUCCUUGAAAUACUUGUAGUGGGAGACUUGGAAAGAAGGAUAAUUUCUGGCAUAGUAGAUGAGAUAGAGGAAAGUAUCGGAAGAUCAAGCUUUCUUGAAGACCUCAAAAUGAGUGCACUUCCAUGUCUACACGCUAAAUUAAUUGAAAUGGUUGAACUUUUGGUUGAGGGAGAUGAAGAUCACCAUGUUAAAGUGGUGAAAGUACUCCAAGAUAUUUUGGAAAUUGUAACAAAUGAUAUGAUGUUGAAGGGUUCCAGAACACUGAAUGCACUUAAUGCAGACAGAGAAAUUGAGGCAGGCUCGGCUGAACUGUUCAGUCAUGUGGUACCAGAACUGUUUGCCUCAAAGCAUUCAAUACAUUUCCCGUUGCCAGAUAGUAAUCCUUUAAACGAACAGAUCAAGCGUUUCCUUAUGCUACUUACCAUUAAAGAUACAGCACUAGACAUACCUUCAAAUUUGGAGGCCCGGAGGCGAAUUUCAUUUUUCGCCACCUCUCUGUUUAUGGACAUACCCACUGCUCCAAAAGUGCGUAACAUGUUGUCAUUCAGUGUAUUAACUCCACACUACCUGGAAGAAGUUACAUUUUCAACUAAAGAGCUUCAUUCCAGCCAAGAAGGAGUGUCCAUCAGCUUUUAUAUGCAACGGAUAUAUCCAGAUGAGUGGAAGAACUUUUUAGAACGCAUUGGGAGUGAAAAUUCAGACAACACAGGUGAUGAUAUUAAGGAGGAAGAUCUCAGAAAUUGGGCUUCAUAUAGGGGACAGACAUUGAGCAGAACUGUCAGAGGAAUGAUGUACUAUAGGCAAGCCUUAAAGUUACAAGCCUUCCUUGACAUGGCAGAAGAUGAUGAUAUUAUUCAGGGGUAUGAUGCCAUUGAAAGGGGAAAUGAUACACUGUCAGUGCAGCUUGAUGCAUUAGCAGACUUAAAAUUUACGCACGUCAUUUCUUGUCAACUGUUUGGAUCACAAAAAUCCACUGGACACCCCCAGGCCCAAGAUAUACUUGAUCUUAUGAUAAAGUAUCCUUCUCUACGUGUUGCUUAUGUUGAGGAGAAAGAAGAGAUUAUGUCUAAUAAGACUCAAAAGGUUUACUCAUCCAUCUUAGUUAAAGCUGUCAAUGGUUUUGAUCAGGAAAUAUAUCGCAUAAAGCUUCCAGGUCCACCAAAUAUUGGAGAAGGGAAACCUGAAAAUCAAAAUCAUGCUAUAAUUUUUACUCGUGGUGAAGCUCUCCAAGCUAUUGACAUGAAUCAAGACAAUUAUAUGGAAGAGGCUUUCAAGAUGAGAAAUGUCCUACAAGAAUUUUUAAGGCACCAGGGAACACACCGUCCAACAAUACUUGGUAUGAGGGAACACAUAUUUACUGGAAGUGUUUCUUCAUUAGCAUGGUUCAUGUCUUAUCAAGAAACCAGUUUUGUCACCAUUGGUCAAAGAAUUCUAGCAAAUCCUCUCAGGGUUAGGUUCCACUAUGGGCAUCCAGAUUUGUUUGACAGGGUAUUUCACUUAACCAGAGGUGGCAUAAGCAAAGCAUCAAAGACAAUUAAUUUGAGUGAAGAUGUUUUUGCCGGGUACAACACUACAUUACGACGAGGAUAUGUUACAUACCAUGAAUAUAUGCAAGUUGGCAAAGGACGUGAUGUAGGCCUUAAUCAGAUCUCAAAGUUUGAAGCCAAAGUAGCAAAUGGAAACAGUGAACAGACUAUUAGCCGUGACAUAUAUCGUCUUGGACGUCGAUUUGAUUUCUUUCGUAUGCUUUCUUGUUACUUCACAACCACCGGAUUUUACUUUAGCAGCCUGAUAUCAGUAAUUGGAAUCUAUGUUUUCCUGUAUGGACAACUAUACCUUGUCCUCAGUGGUUUGGAGAAAGCAAUUCUUCUGGAAGCUAAAAUCCAGAAUAUACAGUCCCUGGAAACUGCUCUAGCAUCUCAAUCAUUUAUCCAGCUUGGACUCUUAACAGGAUUACCUAUGGUAAUGGAGAUUGGACUUCAGAAAGGGUUUCUUACUGCUCUCAAGGAUUUUGUACUAAUGCAAUUACAGCUGGCUGCUGUGUUUUUCACUUUUAACCUUGGAACAAAAUCUCACUAUUAUGGCCGAACAAUUCUUCACGGGGGUGCAAAGUACAGACCAACAGGUCGGAAGUUUGUAGUUUUUCAUUCCAGUUUCACAGAGAAUUAUAGGUUAUAUUCUCGGAGUCAUUUUAUGAAAGGAUUUGAGCUACUGUUAUUAUUGGUUGUUUAUGAUUUGUUUCGGAAAUCAUACCGUAGCAGCAUGGCAUAUGUAUUGAUAACUUAUGCUGUCUGGUUCCUGUCAUUGACUUGGUUGUUUGCUCCAUUUCUGUUUAAUCCUUCUGGAUUCGAAUGGGGAAAGAUAGUAGAUGACUGGAAAGACUGGAACAAGUGGAUCAAACAGCAGGGUGGCAUGGGGAUUCAACAAGAUAAAAGCUGGCAGUCUUGGUGGUAUGAUGAGCAGGCCCAUCUUCGUCACUCAGGGCUGUGUUCAAGGUUGAUCGAGAUACUUCUUUCUCUUAGAUUUUUCCUUUACCAGUAUGGUCUGGUCUAUCACCUCGACAUAUCUGGACAGAACAAAAAUUUUAUAGUUUAUUUGCUCUCGUGGGUUGUCAUCAUCGUGAUUUUCCUGCUCAUCAAGGGAGUAAAAGUUGGAAGGUACUAUCUCAGUGAUAACCAUCAGCUUGCUUUCAGGCUUUCGAAAGUAUUACUUUUCCUUGGAGUUGUAGGCACCAUAAUGGCUCUCUCGUUUGUUUGUAAAUUAUCCUUGAUGGACUUAAUCGUGUGCUGUCUGGCAUUUUUACCAACAGGCUGGGGAUUAAUUCUGAUUGGGCAAGCUGUGAGGCCAAAGAUAGAAGGCACUGCAUUGUGGCAGUUCACUAGGCUAUUUGCUCAAGCUUAUGAUUAUGGAAUGGGGAUCAUUCUGUUUGCUCCUAUCGCUUGUCUUGCGUGGCUCCCGAUCAUCUCAGCUUUCCAAACUCGCUUCCUUUUCAAUGAAGCUUUCAGUAGGAGAUUACAAAUUCAACCAAUUCUUGCAGGAAAGAAGCAUCGCAAAUAAUAUAUCUCACCAUUGUUACAUACUUGGAAGCAGCGCAGAUAAAUAACACGAAUGUCGAUCUCGUAGUCAUGAAUAAUUGUCACAAUUUCUGAUUGUAAAUUAUGGUACAUCAUUCUAUAUUGUAAAUAGCAUUCAUAUUAAAGAGGUUUAGAAAUAUACAGACUUUGAGAUCGGUCUA